CGGAUGUAGCAGGAAGUAUGUACAACUGUGUCUACUUGAGAUCAGACACAGUGUGAUAGAGUCAGAUGUCAGAGUUGUGUGGAUCCGUGUUUGUUCACAGCGGGACCUCAUUUGAUACAAGCUGAUAAGGUCUAACUUCAAAGCAUAUAGUUUUUUUCUCCAUUGCUACCCUUUGUUCACCUGCCAUGAACACGUCAGCUACACAAGGCACGUUGUAGUAUUGGAGGACAAAUGGAGGACACAGACGUUCAUGAUGAUGAUGAUGAUGAUGAUGAUGAUGAUGAUGAUGAAUAUGUGACGGCUGAUGAAGAAGAUGCUGAAGAUGACUGCCGAGCAGACAGAGACAGAGAGGAAGAAGGACCAGGCUGCAACGAGGAAGAGGACACGAAGAACGAAGAUGGAGAAGGGGGGCGAGGAGAUGACACUGACGAGGAAGGUCAUCAUGAUGAGUGUGGAGAAGAAAGAUUCGGCGAGGAAGAGGAGGACGGCUGCGGUGACUUAUAUUAUUCCCGGGCAGGUCCUACUAAUGUCAUAGUAAACACUGUCCAACACGAUACCUACCGAAAAGUGGAUCGAGAAACAGACAUCCUGACGAAACAGAUUCUUAAGUGUGCCAAUAUCACGCCUUUACUAUGUGCUUCCGGUUUGACUUCUUCCCCUUUAGGAGAUAGAACAACACACAAUGUCAUGGCGACACAAAGUCAGGGACUACCAGCAAUACCAGGCCAUGUCAAGGCGACACAAAGUCAGGGACUACCAGCAAUACCAGGCCAUGUCAAGGCGACACAAAGUCAGGGACUACCAGCAAUACCAGGCCAUGUCAUGGCAACCCAAAGUCAGGGACUACCAGCAAUACCAGGCCAUGUCAAGGCGACACAAAGUCAGGGACUACCAGCAAUACCAGGCCAUGUCAAGGCGACACAAAGUCAGGGACUACCAGCAAUACCAGGCCAUGUCAAGGCGACACAAAGUCAGGGACUACCAGCAAUACCAGGCCAUGUCAAGGCGACACAAAGUCAGGGACUACCAGCAAUACCAGACCAUGUCAAGGCGACACAAAGUCAGGGUCUACCAGCAAUACCAGACCAUGUCAUGGCAACCCAAAGUCAGGGUCUACCAGCAAUACCAGACCAUGUCAUGGCAACCCAAAGACAGGGUCUACCAGCAAUACCAGGCCAUGUCAUGGCAACCCAAAGUCAGGGUCUACCAGCAAUACCAGGCCAUGUCAUGGCAACCCAAAGUCAGGGUCUACCAGCAAUACCAGACCAUGUCAUGGCAACCCAAAGUCAGGGACUACCAGCAAUACCAGGCCAUGUCAUGGCGACACAAAGUCAGGGCCUACCAGCAAUACCAGGCCAUGUCAUGGCGACACAAAGUCAGGGCCUACCAGCAAUACCAGACCAUGUCAUGGCAACAAAAGAACAGGGUCUACCAGCGGCACGAGACCAUGUCAUGGCAACAAAAGAACAGGGUCUACAAGCAACACCAGACAAUGUCAUGGCAACAAAAGAACAGGGUCUACCAGCAGCAAGAGACCAUGUCAUGGCAACAAAAGAACAGGGUCUACAAGCAACACCAGACAAUGUCAUGGCAACAAAAGAGCAUGGUCUACAAGCAGCAAUAGACCAGGUCAUGGCAAAAGAAGGGCUUCAUCUGCUGACAACAAAAGACAAUCUGACUGCGCCUUCACUCUGGGACUCAGCAACCUCUGAUCGAACCGUUGCAGCAGUCCAGUACAACUUCAUCAAGGUGGAGCAGCAGGUGACGGCCCCAAAAGCCAGGAACCUGACCAUUGGAGGAACUCAGAACAUUGGUCAACCUGCCCCCGGCCAGGGGGAGGAGGAGGAGGCCCCGCUGACUGCAGCACAGAAGAUACGGAAAAGAACCGCGACGAGGAUUGAAACAUGGACGCAAGACAUGGUGAAAACUGAGGCUCUCAAAAAGGUGACGGAUAAACUCGACGAAGGAGCCACUUGGGUGAUUAUUAAGGGGAGCCCUGGAGAAGGGAAGUCGGUGAUUGCUUACAUGGCCCUCAAAGACCAGCAUAGCAAGGGGAGACAAGUCUUCCAGGUCGAGUCCCCAGCAGAGUUCUCCGAGGUCACGCUGACCUGCUCUGGGCCCGUCAUCAUGCUCGAUGACGUAUUGGGAGACUUGGAUUUCAGCGUCGCGGAGUGGUCGCGAUGGAGACCUGUUCUUGGCCACAUUCUGCGUACGAUGGAGUUCAACAAGGGAGACAUAGUGGAAAGACGAAAAAGGGUAACCGUUCUGUUUGUUGGUCGAGAUUAUAUAUUGCAAUCGGCCUCACCUGAUUUAGGAAGGUUAAAGACAUAUAUGUUCAACGACGAAAACACUGUCAAUGUUUCGUCGGAUAGAGAUGUUGACGAAAAAAUACAAAUUUGGAAUGCGGUGCCUGAAUUGAGAGAUUUGGAUUUUGAUAAGGAAAGGGUUAAAGCCAUAUGUGAGAUAGACUGCCCUUACGGUUUUCCCAAUAUUUGUAAACUGUUCGUCACGGCGUAUCACCAUGACAACCAGAUAUCCGCAGAGGAUUUUUUUAACCAACCUCUGGAUUUCCUAAACCAGACAAUGCACAAGUUCCUUCAGGACAAGACGAAGCGACGGUUGUUUAGGGCAAUGCUCAAGGGAAAUGGAAAGGUAACGCACAGAGAGUUGGAUGAUGGAGAGUGCCAGGGAUAUGAAUGUAUAGCAGCAGCAGAUCAUCUGAUUGGUUCAUAUUUGAAAAGAGAAGAAGGCACAUACAUGUUUAUUCACCCCUCUGUGCACCACAGCAUAGCGUCUCUACUGAACAGAAAGUGAGGGACCAGUUGGGGUCAGUCCGCCUAUAGCAGGAGUCCGGCAGCAUCACGGCGGGGGCCGACAAACAGAAACAAAUUACCAACGACUGCGCAUGCGCUAUACUCAAAGCAAAACUGUGACAUGGGAGUGUGCAAUCUGAUUGGCUGAGAAACGUUGUCAGAUGGGAUAAGAUCCCGACAAUUUUUCGGAAUUUUCCUUGCGAAUAAAUAUGUUUACUUUA